GCGAUCCAUACAUCCAUAAAACGUUUCCAAAUGCUGUGCUCUCUCUUUGGUUACUUUGCUAUUAUACUGAAGUCCUGAUACGAAAAGCGAUGCCAAUUAAUAGCAUAUUAUUUCACUUAUUAUUACUACUCGAUAGCAACACAUAACAAAUAUUUUAAAUUUUUCAUAAGUUUUUUCAUAAAAAGGUUUUGUAAUGAAAAGUGAUUUAAGAGUAAAUGGAGCACAAGAGUGAAGAUCAAAGUGAAGUCCAAGAUCUUAGCAUAUCCUCCAACCCAUCACAUGCGAGCUGUCAGUUUGAAAUGUCAGCUCUGAUACCAAACUCUCCCAUAAGUGGUGAUAUGAACGGAGGAAUCGCUUCACAGAUCCAUAACUAUAAGGAAUCCAAUCGUACUCUUCGUUAUUAUAGCCCUGAGUUGGGAACUGGAGAUCACAUCAUAUUAAAUCCCGUAUCAGUUUCCACAGAAUACGAAGAGCUCCAAACCAGUGCCAACGUGUCCCUCAAGAAUUGUGUAACGAAUGGUAAUUAUCUGCUGAACGGCAACAAUGCAACGACCGGUCAGUCCCGACAUUCCCGAGUGGAGGCCUCGAUUGAGGAGACGGACGUGCGGAUCAUGGGGUACUCACCCUCACAGUACGCCUGUGUGUGUAAAGCACUGCAACAGUCGUCCGACAACAAUAAGUUGCAGGAAAUCACCCGAAAUGUGCCCCAAAACCAUCCAAUGAUGCGCAAUGAGGACGUACUGCGGGCCAGGGCUGCCGUCGCCUUCAACAACGGACAGUUCAAAGAACUCUAUCGUAUCCUAGAGUCACAUAACUUCAGUCAAGAGCACCACAAAGAGAUGCAGGAGUUGUGGAACAACGCCCACUACCAAGAACUGGCCAACACUAGGAACCGAGCUCUCGGUGCGGUUGACAAAUACAGGAUUCGCAAGAAAUUCCCAUUCCCUCUGACCAUAUGGGACGGAGAAAACUAUGUCUAUUGCUUCAAAGAGAGGUCCAGAGAUGCCCUCAAAGAAUGCUAUAAAACAGGAAAAUAUCCGACGCCUGAAGAGAAGAAAAAAUUAUCUCAUUUAACGGGUCUGACACCCACUCAAGUGAGCAAUUGGUUUAAGAAUAGACGACAACGAGACAGAACGCCAACCAAUGAAACAAAUACCACUAAUAAGUCAUACAAGUGGUGGCCAUCACUCUGCACCUACUCGGCGCUCGACAACAGUCACCUCAUCGACCACAUCAACCCCUUCACCAGUGAUGCACCAGUCAUGCAGUCGUUCCCAUUUGUCUCAGUCCCAUUGGGACACACAAUCAAAAGCCAGUUGUUGUCGGUCUGUUGUCCCCAACCCAUCGCUCCUACUUUUGUGCCCUAUUCUCCCACUUCUCCCUCCCUGUCCUCCCUGUCCUCCCUGCCUACACUCACUCUUUUCCAAGACUUAUGCCGAGCACUACUCUCUAUUAGUAUCCGAGUGGCGAUCAUUGACUUGACGGGACCACAGUAUCUCAUAGAACUGUAUGGACUCAAUGUUCAGGAGCACAUGAUUAAUAACGAGUGA